GAAUGAUAUUAAGAACUAUCAGCUCAUUAGAUUACUGUAUAAUUUCACAUUUGUUUUGUUUAAAUAAACUCAUCCAAUAAUGAAGGUUUAUAAGAUUCUUGUGAGUUUCUCACUGUUAUUCAACUUAACGACAUUGUUAUUGGCUACAAUACCGAAAGUGGAACAAUACUUCAAUAAAAAUGAUUUAUGUAAAAUUAGUAACACAUUGAAUAUUGAGCAUAAUUACUCCGGAUGUCAUAUUCUUGAAGAAGCCAUAAAACGUUUCAUGUUACGAUUAAAUAUGCUCCAUCCUGUGCUGCUAUUCCCCCAGUUCGAAAUCUGUACAAUAUCAAAGAUUGCGAUUGUAAUCUCAGAAGGAUGUGAUGAAACAGAGAGUAAAUUAUGGCCAUAUUAUUCAAUGGAUGAGUCAUAUACAUUGAAUAUAUCUCAGAAUACUUUGUACAUUCAAUCACAUGAGAUAUGGGGAACACUGCACGCUCUUGAGACUAUCCUUCAAUCAUUGUAUAAAGCUACACAUAAUCAAAAUGUGAUGUUUAUUUGUCAUAUUGAAGAUUCACCACGAUUCCCACAUCGAGGAAUGAUGAUUGAUACAGCUAGGCAUUAUUUGACAAUUGAGACAAUACAAAAUGUGAUUGUAAGUUGUGUGUUUGAUUUCCCGCUAAUGAUUUAUACACAAAUAUAAACAAAGGAUGCUUUGUCGAUGGUGAAAAUGAAUGUGCUACAUUGGCAUAUGACAGAUGAUGAAGCUUUUCCGUAUGAUUCCUCAGUGUAUCCUGAAUUGUCUUCAGCGGGAGCAUAUCAUCCACACUUGUAUGUGUAUGAAAAAGAUGAAAUCGAGUCGAUAAUAGAAUAUGCUCGAAUACGAGGAGUUCGAAUUAUGAUUGAAUUUGAUAGUCCAGGUCAUACUCUCUCCUUGGGUGCAAGUCACCCUGAACUACUAUCGGGUACAUCACAUGAUGGACCAAUAAGACCAGUCGGUGAGGAUGUAUGGACGUUUCUAUCAAGUUUAUUCCAAGAAAUUCUGAGUGUAUUCCCCGAUAGCUUUUUACACUUAGGCGGCAAUAAGUAUGAUAGUCAUUCAUGGGAAGAAGACGUGGAGAUCCAAAACUUCAUGGAAGAGAAUGGAUUUGACCAAGAUUAUAAUAAACUAGAAAAUCGUUAUUUUGAACAGCUCACAGAAAUCAUUCAGAAUAUGACUGCAAAUUCAGGCGGUAUUACACCUGUUGUCUGGCAGGAGGUAUUUGAAAAUGGUUUUCGUGGCAAUGCUAACACUGUCAUUCAUGUUCAGAAUGAGUCGAAUUGGGAGAAUCUAGUCAAAUCGAUUACAUCAACUGGUUAUAAGGUGAUCAAUUCAGCGUGUUGGCAGGAGAUUGAUAAUGAUUUUGCACGGAAUGGGGAGAAAUUGUACAAUUGUGAUCCAGCUAAAUUUGAAGGUACUGAUGAAGAGGCCACGUUGGUUAUCGGUGGAGAAGCGAUAAUCUGGGGAACAUAUGUUGAUGAUAUCAAUCUCUUCAUAGAGGCGUGGCCACUAACCGCUGUUGUUGCUGAACGUCUAUGGUCUCAUAAUGCAAAUGACUUUGGUGAAUUUUUGAAAAGAUUGGAGAAACUUCGAUGUCGAAUGAGAGUACUUAACUGGAAGGGAGCGUAUCAUCCACAUUCGUAUGUGUAUGAAAAGGAUGAAAUUGACUCACUGGUAGAAUUCGCUCGAUUACAUGGUGUUCGGGUGAUUGUUGAAUAUGAUUCACCAGGUCACACUCUAUCAUGGGGCAAAAGUCAUCCUGAAAUCCUCUCUGGUGAAUCACAUGACGGACCAAUCAAUCCAGUCGAUGAGAAUGUCUGGCCAUUUCUAUCAAAUUUGUUCAGCGAAGUGUUGAGUGUAUUUCCUGACCGUGUCUUACAUUUAGGUGGGAGCGUUUAUGACAGGCAAUCAUGGCGAGAAGAUGCCAACAUCCAAGAAUUCAUGAAACAGAAAGGAUUCGAUCAAGACUACAAUAAAUUAGAAAAUUAUUAUUUUGAACGCCUCACAGAAGUUAUUCGGAAUAUUACGUCAAAGUCACAAAGCGUGACACCUGUGGUGUGGCAGAAUGUAUUUGAGAAUGGAUUCCGAGGUAAUGACAAUGCUGUCAUCAUACAGGUACACGAUAAUUCCCACUGGGAGGAUGUCACCAAGUCAGUCACCUCAUCUGGAUACAGAGUGAUCAAUUCAGCGUGUUGGUCGAAAGUUGUUGGGAAUUUCGAUGAUGCAUGGAAGACGUUGUACGAUUGUGAUCCUGCUGCAUUUGGAGAUAAAUAAGAACUAAUUACGUCUUC